UAGAUCCGAUGUUGCCGAGUCAAGAUUGAUCUGUUCUUAUUUGCAUAUACACACUCACAAAAAUAUGCUUUUGUGUAUAUGGUAGUGUAUCGUCAUCAAAUGAACAGAUACUUGUCGGGGAAGAGAAUCAAGAUUUAGAUCAACACAGUUUCACUACUUCAUUGGAGGCCUGAAGAGAUACCAUCAAUCAUCAUCACCAUCAUCAAUCAAUCAAUCAUCAUCAUCAUCAUGUAUCAUCCAAACAUGUUCGAUAGUAAUCAUAUAUUCGAUAUGACACCAAAGAGCUCAGACAACGAGUUGGGGAUAAAUGAGAGCAGAGAAGAAGAUUUGGAGGCGAAAUCCGGCACGGAGGUCACAACAGAUAAUCCCUUAGGGGAAGAGCUUCAAGACCCGAACCAACGUCCCAACAAGAAGAAGCGUUACCACCGCCACACUCAACGCCAGAUUCAAGAACUCGAGGCGUUCUUUAAGGAGUGCCCUCAUCCAGAUGAUAAACAAAGGAAAGAGCUGAGCCGAGAGCUCGCGUUAGAGCCUCUUCAGAUUAAGUUUUGGUUCCAAAACAAACGCACCCAGAUGAAGGCACAACAUGAGAGGCAUGAGAAUCAGAUACUGAAGUCUGACAACGAUAAACUCCGAGCCGAGAACAACAGGUACAAAGAAGCUCUCAACAAUGCAUCUUGCCCUAACUGCGGUGGGCCCGCAGCUCUGGGGGAGAUGUCCUUCGACGAACAGCAUCUGAGGAUCGAGAAUGCUCGUCUCCGCGAAGAGAUCGACAGGAUCUCUGCAAUUGCUGCAAAGUAUGUUGGGAAGCCAUUGGCUUCAUCUUAUCCUCCUCUUCCGUCCCACGUUCCUUCGUGCUCACUCGAUCUUGAAGUCGGGAAUUUCGGGAACCAAGCGGGAUUUGUAGGAGAAAUGUAUGGGACCGGAGACAUUCUCAGGUCAGUUUCGAUCCCUUCUGAGGCAGAUAAGCCUAUGAUUGUCGAGCUUGCGGUUGCAGCCAUGGAGGAACUUGGCAGAAUGGCUCAAGCCGGUGAGCCAUUGUGGGUUUCAGCCGAAAACUCGGCCGAGAUUCUCAACGAAGAAGAAUACUUCAGAACGUUUCCGAGAGGAAUCGGACCGAAGCCUCUAGGAAUGAGAUCAGAAGCGUCGAGAGAAUCAGCUGUCGUGAUAAUGAAUCAUAUCAAUCUAGUAGAGAUUCUCAUGGAUGUGAAUCAAUGGUCUUGUAUCUUCAGUGGAAUUGUUUCAAGGGCAUUGACAUUGGAAGUUCUGUCAACCGGCGUUGCAGGAAAUUACAACGGAGCCCUACAAGUGAUGACAGCUGAGUUCCAAGUCCCGUCCCCGCUCGUUCCGACACGGGAAAACUACUUUGUGAGGUACUGUAAACAGCACGGUGACGGUAAAUGGGCAGUCGUGGAUGUCUCGUUGGACAACCUACGACCAAGUCCGAUCUCUAGAUGCAGAAGAAGGCCCUCUGGUUGUCUGAUUCAAGAAUUGCCAAAUGGUUACUCCAAGGUAAUAUGGGUUGAGCAUGUGGAAGUGGAUGAUAGAUCGGUUCACAACAUGUACAAACCAUUGGUUCAGUCCGGUUUAGCUUUUGGGGCGAAACGUUGGGUCGCCACACUUGACCGCCAGUGCGAACGGCUCCCCCGGAGAUAUUGACGUUCUGGAGAUCUUUCCGUGAUAACGAGCCCUGAAGGGAGGAAGAGCAUGCUAAAGCUGGCGGAGAGGAUGGCGAUGAGCUUCUGCAGUGGAGUCGGCGCGUCGACUGCACACGCUUGGACGACAUUGUCGGCGACAGGUUCCGACGAUGUCCGGGUCAUGACUCGGAAGAGCAUGGAUGACCCAGGAAGGCCUCCGGGCAUUGUCCUUAGCGCCGCAACUUCGUUCUGGAUCCCUGUCUCGCCGAAACGGAUCUUCGAUUUCCUCCGCGACGAAAAUUCCAGAAGCGAGUGGGAUAUACUUUCGAACGGAGGGCUUGUUCAAGAGAUGGCUCAUAUCGCCAAUGGUCGUGAUCCUGGAAACUGCGUCUCCCUGCUACGAGUCAAUAGUGGGAACUCUAGCCAGAGCAACAUGUUGAUCCUGCAAGAGAGCUGUGCGGACGCGACAGGAUCGUACGUGAUCUACGCGCCGGUGGACAUAGUGGCCAUGAACGUAGUGCUGAGUGGGGGUGACCCUGAUUACGUGGCAUUGUUGCCGUCGGGGUUUGCAAUUCUGCCGGAUGGAUCAGGAGGAGGAGGAGAGGGGAAUCAAGAAGUUGAUUCUUCUCGUGUUUGUGGUUCGCUUCUGACCGUUGCGUUUCAGAUUCUUGUUGAUUCUGUCCCCACUGCUAAGCUCUCUCUCGGGUCAGUGGCUACAGUCAACAGUCUGAUAAAAUGCACGGUGGAGCGGAUUAAAGCUGCUGUUGCCUGCGAUGGCGCCUGAACUAUGGAGUUGCGGUUUGUUCAGAACCAAGAACAUGCAAGAGUAAAGAAAAUGGGUAUCAAGCUUCAUGAUAUAUAUAUAUAUAUAUAUAUAUGAGUAUAUUGCUCCAAAGGAAGUCAAGAACGCACCUUCAUGCGUAGAUUUCUUGAUUUGGCCGGCGUGAAAGAGAGAGAACCCUCUCUCCGGGCUGAGAAAGAAGGGCAAAGAGGUUCGGGUAUUGACUUCUGCUGGAUUCACUUGAGAUGAUGAUGAUGUUGUUCCCCUUUUUCUUUGAUGUUUUUUUUUUUUGCGGCCAUCUCUUGUCUUGUAAGGCUUUUUCAACUACUACUUUAGCGGCGAUUUUAGGAUUUUUGUUUUGGCUAUUCGUAACCGUUGAACUAACGUUGUUGUUGUUGAUGACAUUCUCUGUUCGUUUAUUCGCCUAGUGUAUGUGCCCUUUUUGUAGCC